AUGGCAGCGACGCGGUUUCCAAUCCUCCAUUUCAUCCCAGAUUAUGCUUACGCAGCUGAGCGCGCCAUGGCUGCGCAAACAAUCACGACGGCAGUCACCCUUUUCGCGGGACCGGGGACUAUUGGAUGCGGCCGUCCGUAUGUGAAUCAAAGUAUUUCUUUUCGAUACGUUCUUGAUGGGACGAUCCAGACACUCUCCAGCAACAAUCCCCCCGCGGAGGAUUCCUUCAGAGGGCUGCUGUUCGUCCCGAGCCUCGACCCUAGAGACGUGUGUAACAAGAUCACGGAACCGUUUAUUCCCCAAAACGUCACGCGAGAAAGAGAUCUUCCCGAGUACGACCAUGAUAUAAUAGGGCUUGCUCCGUGGGUUUCCCGGAAUUGCACUCAGGCUUAUCUCGCUGCGUCGAGGCGAGCUUCUGUUCGAGCCCUCAUCUUCUAUCAACCCCAAAGCCAAGAUACAGGGAAGCCGCCGCCACCUAGCAGCCCUAUAUGGAGUCUGGGAGAUGGAGGUCGGUGGAAAAAGGACAAUGAAUACCCUGUUUACGCCAUUCCGGGCCCCGCAGGAUCGAAGUUGAUGCAAGAACUGGCUAAGUAUUCGGGAGGAUCAACAGAAUCUCAACUUGAUCCAGAAAUAAUGGAGACUUUUGCACCAGCGAAUUGCGCUCGGCUAUACGCCCUCCUCGACCUAGAACCUAGCGAUGCAACACCCGUGCCGGGCAUCUGGGUGUUUAUUCUUGCCAUCCUGGGUAUUCUAUUCGUGGUCAUGAUCCUUGCUUAUUUCUCUGUAAGAUAUAUGCAGAAAAGGCGCCGUGAAAAUCUGCGAAGGAGAAUUAUUGCGGGAGAAAUUGAUCUCGAACACCUGGGUAUCAAGCGCAUGGUCGUUCCACCUCAAGUGCUGGUCAGGUUACCGCUCUAUAUAUAUCCGGAUCUUUCUACCACGAAACCUCCGUCACCCUCAGACAAAACGCCACCCGGUUCAGUUGUCGACGAUCCUUCUAAACCUGCCCCAGUUGCUGCAAAGCCGGUUGUUGACGUGGCGGCAGCUUCCGGUUCCCAGUCAGCUCGUGGUGAGCAGGAUGAGGACGAGAUAUCAUCAGCAAUUCUCGAGGAGAUUUGGCCAAAUUUCAACCCUGCUCCGCGGACUAAUCGGCUCACGUUCUCGCAACUUACCUGUGCCAUUUGUCUCGAGGAUUUCGCGCCUGGUUCUUCACUUAUUCGCGAGCUCCCAUGCACGCACAUCUUCCAUCCCGAGUGUAUCGACCCCUUUCUCAUGCGAGAGAGCAGUCUCUGUCCUGUAUGCAAGAAGAGCGUUCUUCCGCCGACUUUUAUUUCCGACCAGGUAACCAACUACAUGGUCCAUCGUGAGCAGCGCAUGAGAAGACUUCAUCGAAGCCAUGAGAGAGAAAGACCUGGGAUUCAAAUGGGCAUUUUUAACCGAGUCCGUCUUUGGAGUCGUCCGCUGCUUGACAUCUUCAGAAGGCCUUCCAACUCGACUGCCCACGACAGCAAUGCACAUCCAGAUAUGAACAGAGAAGCCGGACAGAUCGCUGUUCCAGCGCCAGUUGAGCAGCAAAACCAGGCUGAUGAUGUUUACGAUGCAGUUCGACGGGAGAUGAUACAAAGGAGGGCUAUGGCGUUGCUUGGGCCACCUCUUGGGCCCCCUCGAACAGAUAUUGAUGAACGAAGACCGCAUACGCAGCCUACCACGGCAAAUCUACCAAAUCCACCGAAAUGUGAGUCCGCUUAA